AUGCUGUAUGCCACAAUCAGACGGUUGGCUGGAUACACUUCGUUGACCCGACUCUUGGAGGGCAGCAUUCCGAUCGACUCGCACUUCAACUCGGAUGAACCAACUCACUACCACAAUAUGUUGGCUGACACGGGACCGAAAGGGCCUUUGGAGAUGUAUCGCCAUCUUCCCUGCUCAACUAAACGGGGCUCAGCCUCACCUCUUAGGCGUUUGCGCUCUGUCGACUCGCCGUUUGCUUCAGCCCCAGCAUUGGUCAACUCGGUUGCAGUAAAACCUCUCGGGGUUUUUCCCUCCUAA